ACUUGAGAGAAGCAGUUCAAGCCGAGCUUGGGCCUGGUGUGUUGGGUGAGCUGUAUCCGCUUAGUCCUUCUGCGGUGGUUGGAGCCACUCAAUCCCUUACCCAACUUGGUAUUGCACAAGAGCAUCCCGUGUUUUGAGCCAGAGUGGGAUCGAUAUUUGGGGCCGUCCUAGUUUGAGCAGUGAGCCCGCCCAUUCUGACCUUGAAAGAGCGACAAAGAAGACAUCCCUUCAUUUCAUUUCGUCGUCACACCUCCGUGGUUGUGGUUGAGAAGUGAGCUCGAAACAUUUUAAAAUUUCGCCCAUUCGCCCAUUAUCUCAGGGAAACGAACAUCAUGGCUAACGUUGGUGAUCUCUUCUACGAUGACCUUUAUCCUGUCAAUCAAGAUGCGGAGACAGCUGAUCCCAACACCAGGGCUUUUCUCCUCGAGGUGGUCAAGAUCCUUCUGGACUUCAUAUCCAAGACCAAUGAUCGAAACGAGAAGGUUCUCGAGUUCCACCAUCCCAUAGAGAUGAAGAAAAAGCUAGAUUUGGCUCUCAAAGAGGAUCCAGAGCCCGUCUCUCAGCUCUUGGAAGACUGCAAGCAAGCAUUGGAAAACCAAGUCAAGACAGGACAUCCCCGAUUCAUCAACCAAUUGUCCAAUGGCCUGGAUAUUGUCUCCAUGGCCGGCGAAUGGCUCACUGCCACGGCCAACACCAACAUGUUUACCUAUGAGAUCGCUCCCGUGUUCAUCCUAAUGGAGCACGAGUGCCUUGGCAAGAUGAGGGACAUUAUCGGGUUCCAGAAAGGCGAUUCCAUCCUCGCCCCGGGCGGCUCCAUCAACAACAUGUAUGCUCUGAUGAUUGCCCGCCAUAAGCUCUAUCCCCAGCAUAAGAAGCAUGGCAUGCGAGCUAUUAAGGGACAGCUCAUCAUGUAUACGUCUCGACAUCAUCAUUACUCUGUUUCGGGCGGAGCGGCCGCCAUUGGACUCGGCACCGAGAACUGCGUUCAAGUUCCCUGCGAUGACAAAGGCCGAAUGAUUCCCGUCGAAUUGGAGCGCUUGAUCACCCGCCAUAAGAGUGAGGGUCACCUUCCCUUCUUCGUCAAUUGUACCACGGGGACAACCGUGUACGGAGCCUUUGAUCCCAUCAACUCCAUCGCCGACAUCUGUGAGAAGCACCACAUCUGGCUUCAUAUUGAUGCCGCUUGGGGUGGUGGAUUACUGAUGAGCAGGAAGUACCGAGAAAGCAAAUUCAAAGGAAUUGAGAGAGCUGACUCAGUCACUUGGAAUCCUCACAAGCUCAUGGGAACGCUUCUCCAAUGUUCCACCCUCCAUGUCAGAGAGAGUGGAUUGUUGAUCAGUUGCAACCAAAUGUCAGCCGACUAUCUGUUCCAAACAGAUAAGGUCUACGAUGUCUGCUAUGACACUGGCGACAAGGUGAUCCAAUGUGGACGGCACAACGACAUCUUCAAGUUCUGGCUUCAAUGGCGCUCUCGGGGCAUGUCUGGGUUUGAGCGUCAAAUCGAACGCCUGAUGGAACUGACUGCUUAUCAAGUCCGACGGAUGAAAGAGGAAGGCGAGAAGUUCUACUUGUUGAAUGACGAACCCGAGUGUACCAAUGUAAUCUUCUGGUACGUCCCGGAAAGACUCCGACCUCGACAAUGCCCACAAUACGAGACCAGAGAUUGGCAGCUCGAACUCGGAACGGUGCGGACAAAAGAAUAUUUUAUGAUGGAUGAAAAGGAACAAAAACGAAUGUUGGGGGUCUCUUUUCAGGUUACGGCAAAGUUGAAGGGAAAGAUGAUGAGCGAGGGCUCUCUUAUGGUUAGCUAUCAACCAUUGGGAAUGCUUCCGAACUUCUUCAGAAGCAUCAUUUCCAACCAAGCAGUGGGGGAGGUCGACAUUGAUUUCAUGUUGGAGGAAAUGGAACGUCUUGGAAAGGAUCUUUAAAUGCAUUUUGAGAGCAAACGAAUUGCAAGCAUCUUCUAGUCGAGAAUCCUCUCAACCACUUGUUUCCUUUCCAUUCCCUUAUACCAGUAGCUAGAUUCGUUUUGCUUUUUUUUAUUCAACGUGUUUAGUUUGGAAGUCUGCCGUCUUUCCUUCUCUAUCUUCACAAAUCACAUCACUGUUCCAUUUCGAAGUGAACUUCGAACUGUCAAGACAGGUUCCAAUUUGGAUUGGAAAAAGACAACAUCUGAAUGGAAAGAGUGCCAAUGGAACCAAAGCAUUGGUCAGAAACUAGAAAAACUGGGAUUGGAAUAUCGUUGGAAGAUACAGGCCCCACAUUUGUUAUUGCCCAACCAUGGUCUCUCUAUAGCUUUAUGACAAUUGUUAACCCCAAUGAGAUACUCUGUUAUGUUCUGAUGCCCCUGAUAAUUUGGUCAUUCUCAUACCUUGAUCGAGCUCCGCGAAUCAAACAAGUAUGUGACCAGUCCUAUCCUGGCUUUCAAGUCAUUCGUAUGAUGACUAUCUACUAUUGUAUAAUUGUUCACGUGUUUUACUCUAAGGUUGUUGUAACAAGGACGACGACUCAUGAUGAGUCAGUUCCUCAUCAAUUUCCUCCUCCACUUUUUAUGAACACUCCUCACCACGGUUGUUCUAUACUUGAGGCUGUCAUCCGAUUGUUGCUGUUAUUUGAUCAUCUCUAAUGGUUUAUGGGUGUUAAGAGUGCAAUACUUCAAUUCUUGUACAUACUAAUAUAUUCUGAGUUGGGACGAUCCUUUUGUCGAGGAUUGUCCUCAACACAACACAAGAACAAAUCACAACGUCUUCCAGAGCGGUGUCAAUCCUUGGACAUGAAAAUGAGCACUUUGCCUAAAUCAAGCAUGUAAUUCCAAGAUUGCUCCCUCAGUCGCAGUGCUUCCUUGUAAUUGUAUAAUGCCUGAAGUUGACUUAAGUAUUAAACAAAGUUCCCACUCUAAUAAGUAAGAUACGAUUCACGCUUUUGGAUUUAUUUUGCCCCAAAAAUGAUAUCAUGAAACAUGCUCGUUCAUAUACUAUACCAUUAUAUGAUUUAUGAUGUGAAAUACAUUUGGAUACAAAAAUGA